UAUUUAAUGAACAUUAAUAACAUUUCGCUCUUUCACCCAUCGUUUUUGUAGCUUUUGAAAUAGGAACCAAUCAACGACAAAUUGUUCCCCUUCGGAGCGUACUCAAUGGACGUGCCGUUCAUCCUCAUCAGUGUUUUAGUAGUACAGGUGUGCUAGAAGGCGUUCGUUUUCCUUCCCAAACGCGACGCUAGUCCGUGAACAAAUCAUGGACGAAGGAACCGAGAUGUCGCUGACUAUCGCUCAGCUCGUUCGACGCCUGAAGGGAAGCCAUUUGCACGCUCAAAUGGAGCGACAAGCCAGAGAGUGUUUACAUCAACCGGAAAUCCAACUGGAAUCUUUAAAGGACGACGUUCGGCGUUUCCUCAGAACAUCAGGGUGGGAAAGGAAGCUCCAAAAUGCUGUGCAUCGAGAAUUACUAAUCAGUCGACUUCCCCCGAGCUUCCCGGCACCCCCGCCGGAGCACCUCAAAGAGCCCUUAGCAUACAUGCGCAAGGCCCAGGCCAGCUGGGAAAGGCGCAUCUUGAAAAGCUUGAAUAGUAUGAGCACAGAGCUAGGAGUGCCUCUGGCCCGAAUGAGGCCCGUGGCGGAGCAACAAGAGCUAAGCAACAAAUGGAAUGAGAUGGGUACAGAUGAACCAGACUUGAGUCGUUUCAGGCCCGUUUACGCUCCCAAAGACUUCCUGGAGGUUGUCGUCAGCCUGCGGAGCCCCAACCACGACAGUGGCGGGGACGUAGGCGCCAGGAGCCACUGGGGUCUCAUCCACGUCCCUCUUGAUGUCAAGGAUAUCACACAGCUGAGAGGUGUCUACACGGAGCUCGGCCUCGCCGAGGGGCAGCUGGGGAUCGACGACAACGCUCAUCCAGACUUAUUUGAAAACAACUACAUUGACAUUGGAAAGAAAGCGCUGGCCGAGCAGGACGGUGCGGCGGCGCAGCAGUACAGCCGGCGGGGCUGUCCCACGGGGCUCCGGGCGGAUCUCUGGGCCCUCAUCCUGAAUUUGGUCAACCAGCCACAGGAUGCGAUGCAUUACGAGCAGCUGAAGGCAGGUGUCCUGCAACACGACCUGCUGGUGGACAAGCUUAUCUCCAAGGAUGUGAAGCUGACUGCCAGUAACGACGACUACUACUUUGUCUUUGAAGACUUCCUCUACCAGGUCUUGCUGUGUUUCUCCCGAGAUGCCGCCAUCUUGGAGCACUUCAAGUACAACAGCGCCACUCCACCGAAAUCAUACAUCCAAGGGAAAGAAGAGGAUGAGGACUUUGCUGUUUUUUAUCCUCCUAAUGGUGUCAUUCCGUUCCACGGCUUCUCAAUGUACGUGGCGCCGCUAUGCUUCCUGUACAACGAACCGUCCAAGUUGUACAGCGUCUUCAGGGAAAUGUACACCCGCUACUUCUUCCGACUGCACUCGAUUUCCUCUGCGUGCUCGGGAAUCGUGUCUUUGUGUCUGCUUUUCGAGCGGCUCCUGCAAACGCACCUGCCGCAGCUCUUCUACCACCUCCGACAGAUUGGAGCUCAACCGUUGCGGAUAGCCUUUAAGUGGAUGGUCCGAGCAUUUUCAGGUUAUCUUUGUACCGACCAGCUGCUUUUUCUUUGGGAUCGAAUCCUGGGCUAUGACUCGUUGGAGCCUGUAGCAGGUAGCGCGUCUGCUUUUUUUCAGUUUUUUUCUUUAGUGAAACUAACCCUCAACCUGUGGCCCCUUCCAGUCCUGGCAGCUGCCAUUUUCGCCUUUCGGACCGAGAACCUGAUGGAAGUAACGUCUCUUGCUUCAGCUGAGGCUGUCCUCGCCGAUCUUUCAACCCUCAAAGUCAUGCCGCUCAUCCAGAUCUUCCUCUUUGCCGUCUGAGUUAAUCCUCAAAGGUGAAUUCUAUUUGUUGAUGUGACUUGUAUUAGGCUAGGUUCAUAGCACAGGUUUUAAUGCACAAUUCCGAUUUUUUUGUCAUUUUUUGGCGUGCCCGUUCAGACUACCUUAGUCCACUGAGCAUGUCUAAGCAUUACGCAUGCUAGCUUAAAUGCUGUAAAAUGCUAACGUUUUUUUUUUUUUAAACAAUGCUCUUAACAAAUGGUUCAUACAUAUUCCCACAAAAAAAAAAAAAAAACGCUAAAUAUACCUAUAAACUAAAUUACAGAUGCGUUAAACUGCAGCUCCAACAAAAACUUAUCUUAUGUUGGUCUUAACAGGGAGCAGCUGGAUUCAGCCAUGUGAAAUAAGUAAUGUCAUUUUCACUGUUGCCACUAGAGGGCAGUGUAUCCACCCAGAAGAAUAAAACUAAAUACAAACAUUUUCAAAACUAACCAUUUUAACGCCACUUUAAUAAUUGGAAUUACUCAAAGCGGCAAAAUUUAAUUUGAAGCUUUUUUGUAUCGAAUUACUCGAGUUUAGGGCUGCAGCUAUUGAUUAUUUUAGUAGUCGAUUAACCGAUGAACUAGUUACAGUACGAAUAAUCGAGUAAUCGGAUAAGGAACAGAAAAAAACGGAAAACUAACUAAAGGAUCUCAGUACAACAUGAGAAUUAUUGGCUUACUUAAAUAGCAAACGUCUGCUAGCUUAAAUACUUUAAAGUGAUCAAAUUUUUUUUUUAAACAAUGCUUUUAACAAAUGGUUCAAACACAUAUUCCUUACAAAAAAACGGCUAAAUAUACCUAUAAGCCAAAUUACAUAUGCAUUACAAAAAAUUUAGCUCAAACAAAAAAACUUGGCUUAUGUUGGUCUUAACAGGGAGCAGCUGGAUUCAGCCAUGUGAAAUGAGUAAUGUCACAUUCACUGUUGACACUAGAGGGCAGUGUAUUUAAUUCAAAGCUAAUUAUCUUAUCGAAUUACGGAGUUUAGGGCUGCAGCUAUCGAUUUUUUUUUUGUAGUCAAUUAACCAAUGAACUUCUUCGUUCGAAUAAUCGGGUAAUCAGAUAAGGAACAUAAAAAAUUAAAAUACCUAAGCUUAGCCUCAAAUGGUAUAAAAAAUUAAUAAAUGAGGAUCUCAGUACAAAAAAAAAAGAACAAUUGGCUAACAUAAAUAGCAAAAGUCCGCUAGCUCAAACUUUUUUUUUUUUUUUUUUUUUUAAACAACGCUCUUAACAAAUGAUUCAAAUACGUAUUCCCACAAAAAACUGCUUAUGUUGGUCUUAACAGCUGGAUUCAGCCAUGUGGAAUGAGGAUUUGAUGAUGAUUCUCAUCGAAUUACUCGAAAGAAAACCAUUAAAAAAAAAAAAAAAUGCAUAGUUCAAGCUAGCCGCUAAUGCUAAUGUACAGCUCAAUCGCUGCCGUUCCUCUUGCUCUGAGCUGACAUAAUUGCUGCAUGAAUUCUGAUUCGGGAGACUUGACAGUUCAGACCGCAGCCACAUUCUGGGAAAAUGUAGCCCAGAUCCGAUUUUGAAAGUGACCUACAUCGGAUUUGAAAUGAUCCACUUUUAUACGACCUGUCCCGUUAAGACAGUCAAGUUAAUGCCCGACUCGAGUCAGAAAAACACGAAAAUAUCAGAUUUAUGCAUCAAGACCUGCAGUAUGAACCUAGCUUUAGUCACUCACACUAACUGAACAACCAAAUCAUAUAUAUUGUCAUUUUUGAACUGUUUAUAUUUCCAAAUUGCAGCCAGGAAUAAAUAAAACAGUCAAACACUUCAUAAAACCGCAUGACAAGUUGAGAAAAUGAGACACUUUACAAAAAAGGCGUCGUCAGAAAAGUGAUAUAUAUCACUUGAAAAAAUGUAGAAAAGGUCCUCACCUCUAUCAAAAGUGGACGUCAAAAUCAAUAUAAAAAUGCCUCUUACGUCGGUUAGCUCAUGUGUGGAGAGGUUGCUUUUUUCCAGCGUCUGAAUAUGGACAAGUGCUUAAGAAAAUGAACAUUAUAGAUGCUCUCAGUGCAUUUGACACACAAGUCUGUAACACUUCAAUGAAAAAACAAAGACUUUACAAAUAAAUAUAUGAACACACACCAAAAA